AUGGGUGACAUAGGCCUCUGUGUCAUUCUCUGCGGUGGGUUUAUUGGCUCCUUUUAUGCGUGGCCAAAAGAGCGCCGCUUCGCUUGGCUGUGCCUAAAGGACCUCAAGAAGGCCUCCGAAGACGGUCCACAUCGUGUGAAUCGCAAUGACCAUGCAACGAUACGGCGACGGCUAGUGUCAUUUGUUGGCAACAUCGCUGUGAGUUUGCUCUUCCUCGAGUACCUCCUGCGGUUGGAACCCGAAAACGAGAAUCUAGCUUGGGGAAGUGCGGUAGUGCACCGCUUAAUUUUUUCGGAGGACACCUUUGCGCAAUCGGCGGCGACCGUUUUGGCAGCCGGAGUGGCGACGUUGGUGUUGUUUAGUGGGCCUCUUAUGGAAGAGGGCCUUUCGUGCUUCCGUUUCGAUGACCCAGUUCUUGAACUCCGCGACAUUGUGGUAUGCCCCCUGGGAGAGGAAGUGUUCUUCCGGGCAUUGCUUCUGCAAAUUCUUAAGGAGCACUCAACAACAUCGUCUAUCAUUAUUUCCUCUGUACUGUUUUCGCUUUCCCACACACAUCACAUAUUUUCCUUUGCUGUUGGAGAACGCUUGGAGGCAGUCGAAUGUGGUGAACCCGACGCCGACGCAAUCAUCUACUGGAAGCGGGCUGCAGGAAAGCUUGCUGGUGUGUGCGCCUGCUCGCUAGCAUAUGGCCUGCUUGGUGGGUACUUUUAUACGACAGUGUGCAGGAGAAACCUCCUGGCCGUUGUUCUUUCCCAUUCGAUAUGCAACAUUAUGGGAGCGCCUCCGUUUGGAUUUGUAAGGGAGGGCCAAGGGCGAACACGGCUUGCGUACGCAGCUGUUUAUGUUGCGGGGGUGGUUGGUUGGGCCCUGAUUGUUGCGGGGAUAAGGCGGCGGUAA